AUGGUGGCUGGUUAUGCUGUUCCGCGCCUUCGCUUGAACAUUAUGCUGCGAGAAAACAGCUCUGGCACAGACGAGGAGAUACCGGUCACGAAAUUACUUGACCGUGUUAAUGAUGCAAAUGACAACUACAGAGGAGGUUUUGUUCUCCAUUCGGUAACCUACAAACGACGUAAACACACCUGUGUGCUGGUCAUGUUUCUAGUCACUGGGAAUCCUGUAAAAUAUUUAAGAUUUUCCACAAUUGACAGCCCUGUUGAUGUUGGCAACCCUGUGUGUUGUGGUGAGGAGGUGGGGAUGGAGGAAGAUACGUGACCGUGGGAUUUCGUCUCUGGAAGAUGUAUUAAGUUAUUAAACGAGUGUGUCACGCACGUUGUGUUAAACUGUGAAUUGUUUAUAGAAAGACCCAAAAUGGCAGAAGAAGAAGCUGGUCUGGAAUGGUUGCAGAAGUUACUGCGUGAUGUGCAGCUGGAGCAAUUUCUAACUCGUAUUCGAGAUGAACUUCAGAUCACACGCUUAGCACAUUUUGACUAUGUUCGGGAGGAGGACUUGGAGAAGGUAGGGAUGAGUAAACCUGGUGCUCGCCGUCUUCUGGAAGCAGUCCGCAAAAGAAAAGCAGCUCAGUGGAAGAAAGGAUUAUUUGAUAAGAUACGCCCUCGAGGUGAAAAACCUAGUAAUCCUGGAUCACCAGGUACAGAACCAGCCGUUCCACUCACAUGUCUAAUUCACGAGAAAGAUGUUAGUUUGUCCAUUAAACUUGGAGAUGGGAGCUUUGGUGUGGUAAGGAAAGGAGAAUGGACCACACCAUCUGGACAUACCCAAUUUGUAGCGGUGAAAGUUCUAAAACAGGAUGCUAUUACUCAGCCUGGAAUAUUUGAAGAUUUUGUGCGAGAAGUACAAGCCAUGCAUGCUCUUGAUCAUCAAAAUUUAAUAAGACUAUAUGGGGUUGUAUUAUCCCAACCAAUGAUGAUGAUCACAGAACUAGCUCCUCUAGGUUCUUUGUUAGAUUUCUUGAGAAAACAGUGUCAGCACACUCCUGUAACAACAUUGUGGGAUUAUGCUUUACAAGUUGCUACUGGUAUGGCAUAUCUGGAAUCGAAACGCUUCAUUCACAGAGAUCUAGCAUGUAGAAAUGUUUUAUUGGCUGCUGCUGAUAAGGUGAAAAUUGGUGAUUUUGGACUCAUGCGAGCCCUUCCCCAACAAGAAGACUGCUAUGUAAUGACUGAACACAAGAAAGUGCCUUUUCCAUGGUGUGCUCCAGAAAGCCUUAAAAGUAGACAGUUUAGUCAUGCUUCUGAUACUUGGAUGUUUGGUGUAACUUUAUGGGAAAUGUUUACAUUUGGAGAAGAACCAUGGCUGGGUCUAAAUGGUACACAAAUUUUGCGCAAGAUUGAUAGAGAAGGAGAACGUUUACAUUGCCCUGAUGCCUGCUCUCCUACUUUGUAUCAAUUAAUGCUUCAGUGUUGGGCUAAAGUACCUGCUGACCGGCCCACCUUUGCUGCCCUAAAAGAUUUCCUUAAGGACACUUUUCCUCCUGUUAUGAAAGCUCUUGAGAAAUUUCAAGAGCCAGGAAAAAUGACUAUUGAGCAAGGUGACACCAUUGUGGUCAUUGAGGGACGUGCCGAACUUUAUUGGUGGCGUGGUCAAAAUCAACGAACAUUUGAAGUAGCCCAGUUUCCAAGAUGUAAAGUUGAUCCCAUGCGGAGAAAGUUGCCACAGGAUAUUAGUAAUCCUUUACCUUAUUCAAGGGUUCAUACAGGGCAUGGCUCACCAUAUGGUGAAUCGUGGGGCAGUCCUAGUGCUAUUGACCCGUUGUAUCUAAGAAAUCCAAUGCAACCACCUGAUGUGUUGGGUAUUCCCAUUGGAGAUCCUUCACCAGCACCACGGCUGUCAGAUCGCAAAAAGAAGGUUCCAAGAAACAAGCAACAGUUUAAUUACUCAAAACUUACUAAUGAAUCAUCAAAUAUGGGUGAAGUAUCUCCUCUCGCCAUGUUUCCUGGGGCCAAGGGUCCAAUGAAAGCUGGCCAACUGCCUAGCUUGGGUGAUCCAGAGGGUAUGCCAGUGCCAGGGAAUGAAGGAAUCCUUAUUGACUUAUCAGGCAGUGGAGGAACACCUAGUGGCUCUGUUCCUAGCCCAACUCAAGUGUCCUUGACAGGAAAUGUAGCUACAUCCAUUCUAGAUGAACCCAUUGAAGGGACUGAAGAAGAUAAUCAAGCUUGGGGCCAUACUUAUCAGAAUUGUCCUUACUCUCCCGUGGGGGCUAGUUCCAAUGUGGACACAAACCAGCGACCCACAAGCCCUGAUCCCUUUGAUACAUCUGGUAUCUAUGGCCGAUACUACUCACGUGUCACUCCAGAAAUAGUUGGUCAUACAACAUCAAUUACAAGCAACAAUGCAAGCACUUAUCUCAAUGUGGAGCAGUAUAGUGUGAUGGAAGAUGUGUCUCAAAACAACAUGAAUCAUCUUGCCAGUUCUGAAUUGACUGACUUUAUUCCUGUUGAAUGCAGUUCAUUACAUGGCAUGCAGUCAACAUCUGAUGUGCAAAAUCCUCUUUCUGAUGUAUCAGAGAGUGCUUCAUUCUCAUCACCAGCGGCAGCAACAGCUGUUUUUCCUGUGCCUCAAUUGGUUCAAGAAACAUCACAAUUAGUGAACGCCACAAGCUUCUGUGAUAGUGUAGUGAGGGAAAACAAUUCAGCUUCUAGUGGCCUUCAUGCUGCUACUCUUCCAUUUAGUGCCAGAUUCUCUUCCAGUGUUUUGUCACAAAGUUUUGCAUCUGGCUCUUCUCUAAUGAACAAUAGUCCUGGGAGAAGGAGUAGUUUCAGUUCUGGUACUUUAGGAUUUUCUCCAGACAUUAGUGCAGAGUUUGAUCCUCAUUUUAGUUCACAAACGUAUGGAACACUAACUUCUCAUAAUGUGGCAAACACAGCACAAGUGACUGAAAAUAGUGCUGUGCAGGACAUAUCUGUGUCAUCUAGAAAUGGUGAUGUAUGGGGUUAUGCAGAUUUGAAUUCUGGAUUUGAGCAGUUAUCAGUAUCUCAGUGUGGUAAUACUGUUCCCAGUGCCACUUGGCCAAGGAGAGACAUGUUUUCUGAAAGUAGAUCAGCUCAAGUAGUGAGUCAUGAAUUUAGUAGUAAUUUUAGUACUGACAAUGAUGUGAUAGCUCCUUCACCUGCUUCCAGUCAGAUGUUUGAUCCAACUUUUUUGGCUACUUUGGAGAAGCAUCUUGGACAAAAGGAAGCCAAUGCAAAUACAAACACAGUGUCUAGCUCUAUAAAUGGCAGCAGAGUGACCAAUACACUAGUUCAUAGCACCAGUACGGUGUCUCUGCCAAGUGCUCAGAGCGGUCCUGUGAUCCCACCUUUACGACCACCACCACCUUCAGGCAAGCUUUCUCACAAGAGUUCACCUCUGGGCCGGCAGCCAUAUUAUUCAACUGUACCUGCGAAAGUACAGAAUUCUACUGUUCCUACUUGGUCCUCCAAAACAUCAAAUAUUCAACCUAAUCUGGCAAAUACAUCAAGGCAACGAGGUUUCCAAGGCACCACAAGUGGCUGCACGCAGACCUAUGGUACUUUAGCCAGUUGUGUCAAGGAUGACAUAUAUGCUAUCAAGACAACUAGUGUUCACAGCGAAACUCGACCAUCUUCAACUGUAUUCUUGGAACAAAGUAGCAGUUCUGAGAGUCACUCAGCUGGAUUUCUUCCAGGCCUUUCAAAACCUGGAGUUCGAAAUCAAGAGCAGGUGAUGUCAUUAAGUGGAGAAUUCCGUGCUGGAAAGGUAGCUCAGUUAACUGCAGAAGUUGGUGAUGCACGUGAGGAGGAAAGUUUGGCAGCUCUGCAAGCUACAGGUUGGGAUGUGGCAUCUGCUGCGCGGCGAAUCAAGCUAGACCGUCUUAUAAGGUUGGGACUGGCAUCGCGACAGCAGUGUGAAACUGCUUUACUAAAAUGCGACUGGAAUUUGGAGGCAGCUGCUGCAAUUGUGCUUGAUGAACUGAAGAGCUAGUAGGCCAAAUCAAUCUCACGUGCACCGAACUUCAAUUUAUUGUUAAAAUUCAAAUUUGAUAUUAUUGCUAACAUGGAAGUCUGCCUUAAUGCAUUUAUGUUCUAUCUGAAUUGAUUGCUUAAAUGAGGGUUUUCUAUGUCUCGUUCAUUGUUGACCAAUGUGUUUAGUAUUUAUAAGUCAUGAACUCUUGCUCGCUCUCAUGUGGUUUUUCCUAUAGUGGUUCCUACUUAUUGUGUGUUAUGUGGUGUGAUUGUAAAUUCCAAUUUAUUUAUAGGAUGAAUUUUAUAAUUAUGUGAAGUGACUGACUUUUUGCUUUUUCAUGAGCGUAAGGAAACACUGAAUGUUGAAUCUCAUUCACACGUAGCAUUUAGGAGAAAUCCACAGAUUGUGUGCAAGACUCAGUACAAAGUAACUCAUAAUGGAAUUUGCAAAAUGUAUUUUAUAAUAUUUUGGUGCAAGAAGCACAGUUACAGCUGGUCUUGUACUGUGGCAGCAAUUUUUAAUAAUAACAAAUAUUAUUUUUAUUCAUGUAAGCUGCUGUGAGCAACAGUCUUCCAUGACUCCAGUACUGAUUUGAGAAGUGAUGAAGUCACUGUUGAGAGAAACACUGCAGCUUAGUUAUUUGCAAGUAUUACUGUAUGUGUAUUUUCUUCAUCUUAAGAAACUUCUUCCCAUGUUAAGAAGUUUAAUUUUUGAGAAUUUGCUAAUCUACAAUUUAUGAUUUGCCAAUUAUGUAUAAUGAUUAAAAUAUGUAGAUACUCAUCUUUCAGGAAUAGUUGUUUCAUUGAUAGAAAGCACGGUCUCAAAGUGCCCAUGCUCAUUCUGAUAUGUUGGUUUUUUGACAUAAAUAAUUUAUGUAUAUUGUAUCGACACUUUCAAGUUGUAGUUUAGUGCCUUUGGUUCUGAUUAGUGUGGCUUACCAAUGCAGACUGAAUAUUGUUGGCCGUUAAUGUGCAUUACAAACAUUUACAUCAGGGAAACCUGUGAUGCAGAAUAAAGAAAGUAUAAGUACUUUUGUUACUGGUUACUGUUAGCAUAAUUGCUGAUAUAUGUACAGAAAUGCUAAAUUUAGAUUUGUGAGUACCUUUGUGAAAAUGUGUCUUAUCUUAUUAACUAGUAUCACCUACUUUUAAAUAACAUAUUCCUAUAAGGGUAAGAACUAUUCACUUAGCAUUCUUCACUUUAAAAAUGGCAGCUGAAGAAAUUUCAGUACAGAUAAUUUCUAAAUUAUAUUCACUUAUUUUUGUGAGAAAUUUAAGUUCUAAGAGAUAAUAUACAGAACACUGAAAUAAAAACUCAUUUAGUGCCUUUAUUUAUUAAGUAAAUCUCUUAUUGGCUUCUUAAUAAAUAUUUAUUCAUAAGAUAUUAUAAGUGAAUCUUAAAUGAAAUAUGCAAACUAGAAUUUUGAGCAGUAAAAAGAAAUAAUAAAUGAGUAUUAACAAUGCUGCAUGAAAAACAUUUGAAUACAUUAUUAUUUCUGAAAGGAAAUUAUUAUAACUAUACCAAUCUUUCUUUGCCAACCAUAUUAUCUGAAAAAGAAAUUGACGUACCUUUGAUCUGUUCCACUUAAUUUUGUGGUGGAAAAUGUUUUUAGCAAUCAGUUUUUGUUUGAUCUUAUUUAAAUUUAUUUCCUACCUUAUUGCAUUUUGUAAAUUAGUUUUGGAUCCAUGUUGAUGUUUGUUUCUAAAAUAUACUUGAGUGAAAAUUGUUACAGUUUUGUUUUAUUUCAGGUAUUGCUGACUUCUUCCUGAAACAUCAGCCUUUAUGUAGUAUUCGUUUCACAAACAAUCAAUAAAGCCUUUUCUUUCCUCACUUCAGGUCAUUCACCAAAUUUUGGGAAAGCUCAUGAUCCUCUUCAUACAUUUUGAUUUGAGUUGCUAAUUCCUACCUACCAUAAAAUUAUCUUCUUUUUUUUUAUGUAAGAGAAAUACUAUGUUGUUGUUGUUGUUGUUGUUGGGUUUUUCUUUUAUUUCUCCCCCCCCCCUCUCUCUCUCUCUCUCUCUCUCUCUCUCUUUUCUUUUCUUCAUCACCUUUCCUGCAGUUAUUCUCAUUCUCACUUUUCCUUAUUAGUUUCAUUAAUAGAUAUAUAUAGUUGUGUUUGGAAUAUGAAAAUGCUUUUUGGCUGUGAUAGAAUGUGGAAUCACAGACAUGACUUACUUGUAGAAUAUAAUGUAGCUCGAUUAACAGUGAUACAAGCUUUUAAUUAUGAAGACAGAAGAAAUUAAAUACUAAUAAUAUAUUUUUCCCAUUAAAAUGUUACUAAUGUCAUGAGCACUUUCAAAACACAAAAUGUGUCCAUCUUCCAUGUUAGCGAUUCUUUUAAGGGGAAAAAAAUUGUUAAUUAGAGAUAGACUUAUCAUUUUAAACACAUUUCAUGUUAACCAUAAAAAUAGAUUUAUUUAAGGCAACGUUAUUUUUAUGAUCACAUAAUUUGCUAAAUUAGUUUGUGAAUCAGGUUUUGAUACCUCUGUUGUAACAAAUAGGCCAAUGAAAAUGCAUAUGGAUACGAAAUGCUGUUGUAUCUUAAUAUUUGGUUAUUUUUGACUCGGACAAAUUCCUCAGAGAGAAUCUCAGGUUAUCUGAACCAAGGGAGCAAUUUAUAGGAAACUGCAAUUUUUUUCUCAUUUUAAGCUGUUCCACUGUACAACUUGUUAACACCUACAAAUAAAAGUGAAGAACUCUAUAAAAUUAUAAUUUUUGUAAUUUGUAGUGUUUUAAAAAUUGUUAACUGCAAUAGAUUUAAUGAUGAUAUAUCUUAUGUCUUGCAUGGAGUUUUUUCCGGAUUGUUGAACUGCAAAUGUAAUGUGCACAUAGCAUAGUCUGAUAAUUGCUUGCAACCACCUUUGACCAAGCUCUUCUUGUAAUCUGUAUAUUAUUAAAUAUCAUUUCUGUAAAUGCAUCACAGUUAUUGAUAUAGA